AUGAGUUUGUUAGCAACCUUCAUUCUUACGUUUCUAUGCGUAGUUGAAUGUUGCGCUCAAGAACAUCGAAGCAAUAUCAGCUUUGCCACAAGGAGUCCAGAGAUCGAACCUGGCUCGGGAGAUUCUGAUAACGACGUAAGCCUAUCUAGUGAAAUUGAAAAUGUAACUUCAACGAAAAUCGAUCAACGCGAUAUCAGAAUCAAAGCUUUGGAACAGAAACUGAAAGAAAUUGAGAGAGAGAAAGUAAAGAAGUGCUCUCCGACGUCAUUUUUAGACACCUGGGACAUGGCAUCUUUAAUCAUGGAAAAAGCUCGAGAAACUGCAAUAAAUGUUCCAAAUGAUUCUCAAUGUCAAACAACAUGUCGACCAGGUAAGAAAGGCCCGGAAGGUGCAAAAGGUGAUAUUGGACCGAAAGGACAAAAUGGUGCCACGGGAAGACAGGGAGCUAAAGGAGAAAGUGGAACACCAUGUAAUUGCUCACGUUAUGAUGAGUUAGCACGCAAAUUUCAAAUCCUCGAAGAAGAAAAAGCUCGUGAAUUACAACCCGUAGAAGAUGGUUGGUAUCGUGUUCACAGUUACCCAUAUUGGUACAAAUUGGUCAAUGUAUCGUCGGACUAUCAAACAGCCAGAAAAUACUGCGAAAUCAUGGGAGGCCAAUUAGCAACAAACGGUAUACGCAAUCCAACUAUUCGCAGUGAUCUUCUCGACAAGUUCAUCAGAAGUUCGGGAAAGUCGAUCUGGAUAGGACUUGACGAUCUUGAGAAACCAGACAACUGGAAAUGGUCCGACGGAAUUUCAUCAACUUCUUCUAAUACACCAUGGGGUGAAGGCGAACCAAAUUAUUCACAUGAACGAUGUGCUUGUAUGUACAUUCACUUGCAAUAUCAGAUAGCAGAUUUGAGUUGUACUUACAAACAAUUCUACCUUUGUGAGAAGUAAUUGAAAAAUACUCUUCUUACUUUUGAUUAAUGGGAAUAAUAUCAACAAAAGAAAAAACAAUUUUUAUAGUAACUCUGCUGAAAUAUUGCCACGACUGGUCAUUGUUUAAAAAUUGAGUAACUAGUAUUUUUAUUCACUAAAUUCUGCUUUCGACUUUUUUUGUGGAUUCAUUGUAAACUCAAUCUUAUCAAAAACCCGUUUUUAUUAUAAAAUCAUGUAUUCUGAGUAUCGAUAAUAUUAAAUGAUAUUAAUUAUUGAGCUUAAUUAGUGCGUUUUUUUGAACUCAGAGAAUUUUUCGAUGAAUGAUAAUAAACCGAAUCAUUAUAUACUUGUGAAUAAAACUCAUAGCUAAACCUCGGCUUAUUAUCUUUGGUGUUGAAAGUUUCUAUUUUCUGAAAAAACUUCAAAAAGACAUCCCAAGAUUCCGACGUUUACAUAAUUAUAGCGUAAUCUAACCUUGAGGUCAUUGCGCCAAAUCUCUAAUGUACCAAUGCUCAC